AGCGGAUGAGAUAUUUCUGUCUCACUCUCACUCAAAAGUCAUUAUAUCGCAAUCUCUGUUCAGUUUUGUUGAGAAGAGAAAAUGGCCCUGGCGUCUUCGUCCCUUAUCACCUUCAAAGUAAAACCUUGUCCUUUCCUGUUUAGGCCUCAGCAACCACGCAGAUCCGUCGUUGUUGCCAAUUCUGCGGAGCCUUCGAAGACAACGGCGGCGGCGGCAAGAACUGCCCCAAUAUGGAGCGUGGAUAGUUGGAGGGAGAAGAAGGCACUUCAGCUUCCAGAGUACCCAGAUGAGAAGGAGUUGGAACAAGUCCUCGAAACCCUCUCUUCUUUUCCCCCAAUCGUCUUCGCUGGAGAAGCGAGGAGCCUUGAGGAGAAGUUGGGUCAGGCUGCUAUGGGCAACGCUUUUCUCCUUCAGGGCGGUGAUUGUGCCGAGAGCUUCAAGGAAUUCAAUGCCAACAAUAUCCGUGACACCUUCCGUGUCAUUCUUCAAAUGGGUGUCGUUCUGAUGUUCGGUGGCCAAAUGCCAGUUGUCAAGGUGGGGAGAAUGGCGGGUCAAUUUGCAAAGCCAAGAUCAGACCCGUUUGAGGAGAAAAACGGGGUCAAGCUUCCAAGUUACAGGGGUGACAAUGUGAACGGGGAUGUAUUUGAUGCAGCAUCUCGAGUUCCUGAUCCACAGAGGAUGAUAAGAGCCUACUGCCAAUCUGUGGCUACUCUUAACCUCUUGCGUGCAUUUGCAACUGGAGGUUAUGCUGCCAUGCAAAGGGUUAUUGAAUGGAAUCUUGAUUUCAUGGAGCAUAGUGAACAGGGAGACAGGUACCGUGAAUUGGCUCAUCGAGUGGAUGAGGCUCUUGGCUUCAUGAGUGCUGCUGGACUCACAUCUGAGCAUCCAAUCAUGACUACAACAGACUUUUGGACCUCCCAUGAGUGUUUGCUUCUCCCUUAUGAACAAGCUCUUACUAGGGAGGAUUCUACUACUGGGCUUCAUUAUGAUUGCUCAGCCCACAUGCUAUGGGUUGGGGAACGCACUCGCCAACUUGAUGGUGCUCAUGUUGAAUUUUUGAGAGGAGUUGCUAAUCCACUUGGCAUCAAGGUGAGUGAUAAGAUGGUUCCAGAUGAACUUGUUAAGCUGAUAGAUAUUCUGAACCCUAAAAACAAGCCUGGAAGAAUUACAGUAAUUGUUAGAAUGGGAGCUGAGAAUAUGCGAGUGAAGCUUCCCCAUCUUAUCAGGGCAGUUCGCAGAGCAGGUCAAAUUGUCACUUGGGUUAGUGAUCCCAUGCAUGGGAACACAAUUAAAGCUCCAUCUGGACUUAAAACUCGGUCUUUUGAUUCAAUAAGGGCUGAGCUGAGGGCAUUCUUUGAUGUCCACGACCAAGAGGGAAGCUACCCAGGUGGGGUUCAUUUAGAAAUGACUGGGCAGAAUGUGACAGAAUGUGUAGGAGGCUCACGGACUAUUACUUAUGAUGACCUGAGCUCACGCUACCACACUCAUUGUGAUCCAAGGCUUAAUGCUUCUCAAUCUCUGGAGCUUGCAUUUAAUAUUGCUGAGAGGUUACGCAAGAGAAGACUUAAUUCAAUGCAAUCUCUAGCCUCACUUAGAAUUUAGAAGAGAGCUGUAUCAUAUAUUUAAUUUUGCUAUGGACAGUGAACAAAUACUGCUGGGAGCCACUCCACCGAGUGCCAUAAGAACAUAAAUAGAUGGCACAAUUAAGUUGUCCUAUAUUAGUGUUACAAGACAGUUAAAACACUGCAGGUGUGCAUCUUGGUUGUACUUGAAAAGUUUUGUACUAAGUUUGGGGAAAGAAUGUGUAUUUAUGUUCUAGUAGUGAGUAAUGAAUAAACUUUUCGAGAUAUAACUGAUAUCACAAUGCAUCCGAAUGAUAUUUAUCAUAUGCAAGAUGGUUGUU